UAUGGCGGAUACCGUGGUUUGGGUGGACGCUGCAAGCGCUUUGAUUUGAAAACGAGCCUUUCCAGAUAUUACAAGAAAACACCAUGACAAGUACCGGUUGCCCAGUCAGCGGCGGGCAUGCGGUAUUUACCAACGAUCCUGUUUUAUUUCGCUCGUACGUGCAGAAGUUAGUGCGUGUCGAGACAGUGAACGGAAAGGUGUUCGCCGGUUACGUGAAGACUGUCGACCCUGUGUCGGAAAGUGUUGUGCUCGUCCUCUUUGAAGACGCCAAGCCAAGGACAGUGAACGUCAUCAUGGGGCACGCCAUCAAAUCCAUCACCGUUGUCGAAGACGCGACCGCGGAAGAGCGUCAGCAGAUCGAGCAGCUGUUCGUUCCACCCCGCGAAAAACUGAGCCCCCAGCAGCUAAAGACGAGAAAGGAGAACCUUCGAUCUUGGCUGCAGAUCGGACGAGUGCCCGUGCAGGAAUGCACCGAGGAUCCCAACGUGCUCGUGAUUUCGAAUGCCGUCAGGCUCGUGCCACCGUAUGGGGCCGACGACUGCUACUGCACCAACCCCAUCGUGCUGGGAAAAGUGCGCGGACUCAUCUGUUCCAUGCCGGCCGACGUGCAGUCUUGGACUAGUCCUUACCAGCCAGUGAGCUAGACCGACAUCGCUAUAUUUUGGUCACCCCCAGGCGGACGCUGCAGUGGUAGCUUGGCUCGUUGGACCAGUAACACGUUUAUCUUUUGCCACAUGAUCACGCCCCUGCCCAUUCCCGUGUGCGUAGAGCGGGGUCAGCUGAUGAAAGGGAGGCGGUCAAUUGGUCCAGCAAGUGCGUAGCUCCCACCGCACUGUCGGCUUGGGGGUGAGUGCAGUAUAGGGCGUUUGCUAAACUCUAGAUUUUUACCAGGUCGCUUUUAACGUGCAGUUGAAAAAGGGUGGAGCAGAAAUGCAAUCCUUCAGCUUAUAUGGGAUGCCUUUUUUACAUUUCUUACCUUGCAAGUUGAAAUCUCGGGAAACAAUGACAAUGUGAUGUAUCUUACUAGGAGAGCUGACGGGCCAUCUCCAAGUUAUAUGACUAUCGAAGCACUUUGAAAACAUGUUGGCAGUGUUGUAUCAAAAUUAGAAAUAAAAUUCAAAGAGCAGCUUAGGCAAUACUGUUGGGACUUUAGGAAAAUUGUGGUUUGCAAUGUUUCAAAUAUUCUGUGUGACAUGUUUUAUUCAAGGAGUUGUAAUUGAGAACUGUCAGAACACAUGCUUGGUUUGCUCUCCUGCAGUGCUGGUUGGGUUGCUGUAUCAUAGUAAGGGAAAGAAACUCGAGUCAAAAAUUGAAACAUUCUUUUUAACAAGCAGCUGAAACAAUAAAAAGUAAAUCCUAUUCUGCCUGCAUUAUAUCAUGUUGACAACGCGUUGUGACAUGUUUGUAUGAUGCACCAUCAUUUUUGCCAUUUAAAACUGGGAGCUAACAUGUUUCGUACUAUUGCCUUUAGAGUUAUAGUGAUAGUAGUCAAUUUGCUAGACUAUAAAGUAAUGAAUUGCAAGUAGCUAGGUCUCUCAAAUAAACCAUCUUCUAAAUUACCCAACCAGAGCGAAUGCUGGGGACGUAGGUUAGAGCACUGCACAGGCUCGGCUUACUUAAAAGUCUGGUCCGGGUAAUGUGGUUUUUUGGUAGGCCUAAGUCGGGCCCGGGGUUAUACCUGCAAACUCGGGGCAGCUGCCUGAUCCAGGCCCGCCAACAAGUGUAAAUAGUAGGUCUGGUUUCGGUGUGGAAAUUCAGUGUGAAACUAGUUCAUCUCCCCUUUGUUAAUGCCGUUCAACUUGUCUAAGCGACGAAGAAAACACGAGCAUAGUGUAGGUGCGUUUGAUUUUCGUGUCGCAAGUUUGAAAGAAUGUUGCUACGGACUCCAACCUGAGGCGAGAGUUCCGUUUACUUCACGAGCGCUCGUGUGUGUGCAAUUUGCUUUACAGCGCUGGAACGUCUUUUGUGUUGGAGAGGGACGCCGUUACACGUAGCUUUACUACGCUGCAUAUAUUUACGUAAAACAUUGUCUGGGUGGCGAGAGAAAUGAAACGCGAUUAUGUACACAGUUAUAAUUUAUUUUGGGAGAAAUUACGGCACUCUGUAGAUCGAUAGAUUAAUAUAUGGAAAGCAUAGCACGACGAUAAGGGCAAUACGUCUCGGAUGCAUCGCAAGCCGACACAUUUAGUUCUCGCCUUGCUCUCCAAGUGCAGCAUGUCGGCCUCUACAAUAUUUUAUGUUGUGUUUCUUGGGCAUCGUACCACUCAACACAAGUCCAAUAUCGUGACCUUUUAAUGCUCAUAUAGAGGAGUUGAGCACACUGCUAUCACAACAGGUGGGUGCGCAACAUGCAGCGACGGCCAAUCUGGAGCCAAAUCUGAUGUUCCCAGCUUGCUUGGACGAAACUGGCCAUAACUGUUCACAUGUCUCAUACUCACACAGCUAAGUCCUCGACCACAUGCCGUAAUUUGCUAGCCAUGCCAAUGGUCGUAACGUCAUCAUUGACACUGUGACAUGGUGCCACAAAACGGCACAUUAACAAUGUGCACAAAGACACGUGAGCGUCUUCCAGGCAAGCGACGACCCGAGAAGAAACCUUCUCACCUAGAAUCAAACCUACCAGAAUGCAAACAGCUUUAAAUAGUUUAUACUUUUGUUAAUGCCGUUGAACUUUGUCGUGGAGAUAAAACAAUCGAGGUCGGAGUUGUCGUUUAUUUAGGUCCAUAGGCUGAGGAAUCCAUCUGUACUACCUUUUGUUAUAUUUAUUAGGCUAAUAUCCCUCUUUUGUGCCACAAUUUGACUAGCCCUGUUAAAUUUGUGUUAUUCAUAGCUCCGUCAGGUUCUGAUAUACAAGGAAAAAGCUGCGUAUCAGCAAUAUACUUUCAACAGUGGUAUAAAGUACAUAAAAUUAUGUUGCACAAUACUUUCAUACUCUACGUGGCAAAGUUUAGACAACAUAACACUGGAUAAGGGCCGGGCCGCGCAACACAGAAAUUGUUCAAGCUCGGACCAGGCCUGGGACUGGUUUCAAACAGCUGAGCCAGGCUCAGGAGGGUAAAUUACCAUGACGCCGGGCCUGGGCAAGGCCUGGGCUCAAGAAAGCGGCCCGCACGGUGCUCUAAUGUAAAUACAUGCUCCUGCUUUACCUUCAUAAAAGAUUCAAAUAAACAAUCAAAAUAAAGCAUUGAUGAAUGUAUGUGCCAUAUGCCAUUUGCUUUAUAUUUUUAGCUUAGAGUUACUGCAGCAGAUGCCAGCACGUAGAACUACAGUCGUGGCAUGGAGCUCCUUGGUGCUCGAGAAAUUUAGCAAAAGGCC